AUGAGCAACAAUAAACACUUCAACGAGCCGGAUGACCCAUUCGAGCUUUUCCUCGUCAACGAGGGCGAUGGCGAGAAGAAGAUCACCGAGAAGCCGUUCGCGGGUACCUCGAACACGUCGGACUUCAUCCUGCUGAAGGAGGACCACACCCUCGGGAACCUCCUUGCCGAGCACCUCAAGCAGGAACCGCGCGUCCUGAUGGCUGGCUACAAAGUCGGUCAUCCGAACGUCCCGGAAGUCCUCAUCCGCCUGCAGACGGAUGGUACCAUCAGCCCUCGCGAGAUCUUGAUCGAUGUUUGCAAGCAGCUGAUUGCGUCGUACGGACAGCUGGGCCGGGAGUUCACUCGAGAAUACGAACUUCGUCGCAUGGUGGCCGCUGGAGAGCAGGAAAACGGUGGCAGAUAG